AUGGGAUUUCAAAAAGCACUUGGAUUGAUGAAUGUUGUCACUGCAGAACUUCAAGUUAUCAAGAUAGGAUUGACUCUGUGUAAACAUCUGAAUUUAACCAAAGUUAAGCUUUUUUCUAAUUCUCUUGAAGCCAUUAACCUCUUAAUGAGGGAUGGAAGAGUAGAUUAUAGAUUCAGAGAGUUAUUAGAUGAAACUAGAUCCUUGAUUUAUUAUGAUUGGGAGGUCAACUUACUCCAUGCAUACAAGGAAAGUAUUGUUGUGGCUGAUUUCCUUGCAAAAAAUGCCAAUGAUGUGGGCCACGAGGUGGUGCUAAUGAAUUCUGCUUUGGACAAUCCCAGGGAUCUACUACAAAGAGAUUUAGAGCCUCAUUACUAA